AAGAGGGAGGUGGACAGAGGGAACAAGGUUACAGAAAACUAAAUUAGAUCUUUGAAAAAAGAGCCCAUAUUAUUACAUUUGUUUUCAGUACAUGGUAUUACUUUUUCAAGGGAGAUUUUCUAAUUAGACACAGAGCAGCUACACUGUAUAAGAAAUACUGGAGGAUGCUUCCCAUUUAACCAGCACAGUUUGCUUGGUAAUCUAAAGGCAGAAUACCUAAACUAGCCAAAAGUAUUUGCAAAGCUGAGAGAUGCUGCCCUAGUCCCAGUCUUCACACAACCUAGAAAUGGUGACCUGACUUUAGGCAGCCUUGUACUCCUCCAGCUUAAAAAAACAAGUGAAACAAGCUCCAGCCAUCAACCCAGCGAGCCGGGAUUAGGCACCAGUGGAAGACAGGGAUUUCUGACUGUAUCCUGUCUCGCCAAAGACUCACCACUGCCCCUGCACAAACCUACACUGCAUUAGGACAAUGCCCAACAUCAGCACAUUACAAUCGUGCCUACAAAGAUGUGCACACAGUGAUCCUACACUGGAACAGCAUCCUGGCUGUGAGGUAUCCCUGUGUGUAGGUAGAAAAAUCCAGACUUAACAUUGUGUUGUGAAGAAUUGCACUGUACCAGGAACACAUCCUAUUUCUUAUUUAUUAUUACCUAUAAACUACCCACCUGAUCACUAGUAGCUAAAGAAUAGUGACAUAAAAAGAAGAGCAGGGAAAAUCUCCCCCUUUCCCUGCAAUAAGUGUCUAGGAUUGUUUUGCCUUUUUCUUUUAAAUCACAGUUGCCUCACUUAGUCACCCCAUUACACAGGCUAAGAAGUGAAACAGGCCCUUGCUGAGCAGACAAAGUACCAUUGAUUAUGUGAAGUUAAACUGCCUGAGAAGGGGUGGACAUGAGGGGUGCUUGUCCCUAUAAAAUCUGCUGGGAUUGUGUCAGUAUCCUUUGGGUAGGUAGCAAAGCCAAAUUGCAGAGAAACCCAGAAGCUGCAGCAGACACAGAACAUUCAGUGCUCUGCACUGGCAAAAGGCUGCCUUAGUUCUGCUCAGCUUGGCCCAGGUGACUCCGGAGAGUUUGGGUUUUGCUGAGUUAGGAAAUGUUAGACUAUGUCUGGAGCAAGCACCGGGGUGAGAAGCAGAUGCAUUUGUAGUAUGUAACUGGAUACCUGUGGCUAUAAGGGUAGGAAAUCAUCUGGGUGUCAGCGUAGAAAACACUGCCGGUAUUUUAACACGUACAUUGUACUGAAUCCCCGUCCCGCUGUCCCCGUAAACACCAUUGUGCUUUUCAUCUGCCACAUUUGCAGCAGCAGCAGCAGGGAGAUUUCCCCUGAAAUGGGACUGCUGACCCAGCAGCCGCCCGGACAAUGUGACGGGUGCUCCCAGGCGGCACAAAGCCCCCUUUCCAGAAAGCCGUCGCACAAAGCCGAAAUCCCAGGCGAGCCCCAACCUGCUGGGCUCGGCACAUCCCUCCCGCCAGUGCGGGGCCAGGCUGCCGGGCUGAGCGGCGGUGCUCGGCAGGCUGGAGCGACAACAUGCCCUUUCCGAGGCGCCGGUCGUCCUUCCUGGGGCAGCAGCCCUCUACCUCCACGGCGGAGAGCUCGGGGCCGCCCGGCCGCCGGGUGAGCGUCGGAGGCGGAGGGAGCCUGUCGAGACCCCCCGGCGUCUACGUGGGCACCGUUCCCACCGGCGGCGUGAGCAGCCUGGGCACCCGAGUGUCCCGUAGAGCCCUGGGCAUCAGCAGCGUCUUCCUCCAGGGUCUCCGCAGCUCCGCCGCCGCCGUGCCCCUGGCCCCGGGGCUGGAUAAGGGCAGGGGUCUCUCCUACGAAAGCCUGAACGGCUGCUUGGUGGAGUACAUCGAGAAGGUGCGAGCUCUCGAGCAGGUGAACCAGGAGCUGGAGGAGCACAUCAGAGUCUACCUGGACAAGAAGGCGGCCAGCGUGAGCAGCUGGGGAGCGCUGCGGGAGAACUGGGAGGCGAUUUACCACCAGGUGGGUGAGGCAGUCCUUGAAAAUGCUCGUCUUAUGCUGCACACCGAGAAUAUUCAAGCCUGUGCUGAAGAUUUUAAAGACAGGUAUGAAAAUGAGCAGCCAUUCAGAAAGGCAGUGGAAGAUGAAAUUAAUUCCCUAUAUAAAGUGAUUGAUGAUGCUAAUUUAACUAAAAUGGAUCUGGAGAGUCAGAUAGAAAGCAUGAAGGAAGAACUAGCUAUGCUGUCAAAGAAUCAUGAAGAAGAUGUGAAGGUAUUAUACAAGCAGCUUGCUGGAUCUCAGCUGGAAGAACUUGAUGUUCCCCUGGGAAGUGGCCUGGAUGACAUUCUGGAAAAAAUCAGAAUCCACUGGGAGAGAGACAUUGAAAAGAAUCGUGCUGAGACAGGUGCCCUGCUCCGUACCAAGCAACAGGCUGAGACGACGGCUGCCGUGCGAACCCAGGAGGAAGAGCUGGUGGAGGGCCUCAGAACCGAGUUCCACGAGACUGCCUGCAAAAUACAGAGCUUGCAAGCAGAAACUGAAUCUUUGAGAACCUUGAAGAGGGGUCUGGAGAACUCUUUAUAUGAUGCCAAGCACUGGCACGACAUCGAACUGCAGAACCUAGGCUCUGUCAUUUCCAAGCUGGAGGCAGAGAUGGGAGAAAUCAAAGUAGAAACAGAGCAGCAGCAGAGGGAUCGUGAAAAUCUGCUGACUAGCAAACAACAGCUGGAGAAAGACAUUGCUGCAUAUCACUGCCUCCUGGAUGGAGAGCAAAGCAGGUACUUGUCCUUAAAAGGAUGGAGAACAUGCUCCCUGGGAAGGGGUUGUGAGGUUGCUGGAAGCAGGACUGGGGUGCUUCUCAUGUUUCAUAAGGCUGGCUGAUAAAUGGUGAGGUUUGGAGAAGCUGCCAAAGGGGGAGAACACACCAAAUCCCAUCAAACAGAGUUUCCUAACAUAUUGGAGAUGGGUGGUUUCCAGCACUACCACAGAAAGACAUGGUUUGGGAACAUGCCAUGAGUUUCACUUCUCUGAAGUGAGGUUUGAGAUGUGACAUUAAAAAGCUGCUACCAGGGGCUACAUUAGUGGCUGCAAAGCAGAUUUGUUGUUGUUUCCUGAUUUGAAUACAUUAUGCCAUCCUUCCUCCUCUCUCAAUACAGUCCAAAUAUUGUAGCUGUGAUCCUGGGAAAAUUCCCUGUCUAAGCUUGUAAGUUUGUCCUCAAGUCCAAGGACAGAAUCUGGACCACUGACUGUACCUUUUGUGAAGAAAUGUGGUUCCAACUCUUAAGAUUUUUCUUCUGGGAAUAACCUGCAAACACCUUUACAGUGGUUGGGUUGGUUUGCUUGGUUGGGUAUUUCCAAGAUCCUUAAUCACCCUUAGUCAUGGGAACCUCUGAGAAUCUAAUCCACAGAUUUUGACUUGCUCUUUUGCUCAGGACAGGGAGAAGUUUAAAAUAAUCAAAUCCUGCUGAUGCUGGUGAGAUUUUACCAGGCUGAACUGAGGAUAGGACUUGGUUCAGCAUUUUUCCUGUUUGUAGUUGUGACCAAUUUUUAUUUUUAUCUUUUUUUUUUUUACUUAUAGCUGA